UAUGUACCGCCAUGACAAGAUUUUGUAUAAUAUCUAAACUUUAGGUUUGUGUUCUCUUCAUCAGAUCAUCUUGGAUUGCUUCAUCCCCCCUAAUUAAUCCCCAUUUUAAACCUCUUAUUUUGUCAUCUCAUCCCCUCCAUUACAAUACAAAUUAAACCAUCAUCAUUAGUAAACCAUUUCCAUUUUCUAUCAAAACCUUCAUUAGAUUCCCAUUUUCCAAUUUCAUGCCAACAAUAUAAUUCCAAAGAGUGCUUUAAACUUGUCAAACCCCUAAAUCUAAUCCCCCAACACACACACACACACACACACUCUCUCUCUAUCUCUCUUUGAAAUGGACUUGAAAACAGAAACUCCACCACCACCGACUCAACACCGCCACCUCAUAACCGCCACCCCAUCACCACCGUCCACGGUGGCGGUUUCCUACAAAGAGUGCCUCAGGAACCACGCAGCCAGCUUAGGCGCCCACGCACUCGACGGCUGCGGCGAGUUCAUGCCCUCCGCCGAGCCCCGCUCCCAGCUAACAUGCGCCGCCUGCGGCUGCCACCGCAACUUCCACCGCCGUGACACAAAACAGCAAUAUUCCAACCCCACCUUCAUCAGCUUCUACCCCAGCAUCAGCACAAGCCCGAGUUCAAGUCCAAGCCGCUCUCCACCGCCGCUCUCUCAUCAUUUCCCACCCUCCCACCACCACCUUCACAGCCAGAUAUCAAAGUCGGCGCCGCCGCACGUGCAGUUAGCUCUUGGAACAGAGAACCCGAGCAAGAAGAAGAGGUGCAGGACCAAGUUUAGUGAAGAGCAGAAGGGGAAGAUGCUGGAAUUCUCAGAGAAAUUGGGUUGGAGAAUGCAGAGAGAGGAGGAAGGUUCGAUCCAGAAGUUUUGUGAUGGCAUUGGCGUGUCCAGAGAGGUGUUCAAGGUUUGGAUGCACAACAACAAGAGUAGAUCUUCCUCUGAGAUUGGGAAUGAGAAGAAGAUCAAUGGUGGUGGAUAUGGCUUUCAACUUCUUAGUGAUAUUAACAAUCCUCACAGCAGAAAUAGCAGCACCGAUUAAUGAUCACAUUCACAGAAAUUAACCUUGUUAGCUCUGAAUGUUUUAAAUUGGGGUGACAGUCAUGCGAUGGAUUCGUGGUGGAUUGAUGCAGACAUGCAGUAGCAGUUGUGGUCUCAUGUUUGGGAGUUCAAAAUCCUUGACCUUGUGACAACAAUUGUUUUCAAACCUGAUACUCUCAUGUUCACCAUCUUUAUCUUGACUCCUCAAGAAAUAACAAUUUGGUUCUUAUUAGUGGUAAUUUUUUUGUUUAUUAUUAAUCUCUCACUACACAAUUAAAGCACUAAUUAGUGAUAGAGUUGGGGUACAAUCAGCUCACUAAGUAGUAGAGGCCGGUUAAUGAGUUUGUUUUUCAUUUACAAAAGUUAUGAAGUGCAACAAUGUGAGUCUACUUAGCUUGCUUUUUUUGUUCA